AUGUCUAAGGUACUCAUCCCUGAAGGACUCGGUUACAACUUACUGAGUGUUAGUCAACUGAUGACAAAGGGAAUUCACCUGGAAGCCGACAGCACCACCCAGGAGUUCAAGCUAUAUCACGGGAGAGGCGGACUCUACAUCGGGAAAGCAGUACUGAAAAACAAUGUCUUAGUCCUCGACUUCGUUCCUGACCUGGGCACUGCAGACAGCGACGCCAUCGUGAAUUUCACUGACUGGACACACCCUCCGGAUCUCGACCCCGACUUCAGCCCGGGAGGUUUCUGGUACUCCCACACUAUCCCCGAAGCAGAACGAACAAGAGCGUUAGCGACGAUUCAACAACCAUCAGAAGCAGAAGCAGCAGCAGCAACAACAUCGGCAGUAGCAACAUCGGCAGCAGCAACAACAUCGGCAGGAGCAACAACAUCGGCAGCAGCAACAACAUCAGCAGCAGUAGGAACAACGACACCAGUCACAGUCGACGAAAAUCGGGACCUCACCAGUGGCUUUCGUGGUGACCGAGCCUUCGCGUCAGCAGCGGAUGAAGCAGACUGGGAUGAGCAGAACGUCGACAACGCAUCAGAGGAAGCCGGACCUCUUCCGUACUGCUCCGUCGACGUACCCAUGGAUGAGGAUAAUCCUCGCGACAGUAACAACGCCGAAGUUUUCUACCAUUUCGCCGACAAUGGUUACGUAACACCUGCGACAGUCAACACCAACGAAGCAGAAAGGGUAGGGCCGAAUUUCAUACCCGACCCAGAAGCGGGAGACGAAGCAGCUUAUCCCAAGGAUCCAGAACUCCCUCGAUACUCACAGACUGGGCUGCAAAUCCUUGGUCUCGUCACCGCAGUCCACGGCGCCGCCAUUCCUAAGGAGCCUGCGACGGUUCAACAGGCUCUGGGGGGGGAACACAGGGAGAAAUGGCGUGAAGCCAUGGACAAAGAACUGAAGGCACUGGAGGAGCGCAACACCUGGAAAAUCGUUCCCAUCGGCGUAGCACAAAACAAGACUAUUCUUACCGGGAAGUGGGUCUUCCGUGUGAAGACGAAAGCUGACGGCACCAUCGACAAAUUCAAAGCUCGCUGGGUCGUGCGUGGAUUCGACCAGGAACAAGGACGAGACUUCACCGAGACCUUCGCCCCAGUUAGUCGACAUACCUCUCUCCGCAUUCUUCUCGCCGUCGCCGCCAUGAAGAAGAAGAAGCUGCGACAGAUCUAUGUCGCCAACGAUUUCCCGGCUCUUUAG